GGUUAAUUUUAAAAAAAUAAUGUUAUUUCCAUUGAAAUAUUUUUGUGAUGAUAGACUUCCUUAUUUUGGAAAGCCAAAAGCUAUUGGUUAUUACAGUAUUGAUGGGAAUAAAAAGUGGUCCUCCGAUACAUCACAAUUAAACUAUUAUUACCCAUCAGCAAGUUUAAAAAAAAAUCCUGAUUAUGAUUUAAAUGAUGGUAUUGAAAAUGUAAUACGUGAUGAAUAUCGACUUGACAAGAUCAUCAAUGACAUACUUCUAUGGAUUAAAAAUAAUGUUGAUAAAGUUAAAGGAGAUCCAAAAAGUGGUAAAUGGUUAAAAGCUGAUUUUGUCUGUCGACGUGGACAUUUAACAACAAUCAUGAAAUCGUUGUAUAAUGAUGAAGAUGAAUGGGCAAUGAGAGUUGUUAAAUUUAAAGGAACAUUAUAUAUUUGUCAAUAUGAUACUGAAGAAAGAAAAACAAGAAAAAAUAUGAUAAGAUAUGAAGAGAGAAUAUACAUGUCUUGGGGUUUUAAAUUUGAAAAAUAUCUUUUAACUAAUUAUCCAGAAAUUCCACCACAACCACAAAAACCAGUUAAUGAAACGGAAGCAUUUCAUUGUGUUUUUAAAACACGUUUAAAUGAUAAAGUACUUCUAUAUGGAGCUGAAAUUGAUGGAGUUGAAGCAGAUAAAACAAUAGUGGAACCAUUACCACUUGAUAAAUUAACAUUUGUUGAGUUAAAAACCUCUAGAAUUAUUGAACAUAGAGGUCAACAAGUUACAUUUGAAAGAUGGAAAUUAUUUGAUUGGUGGUGUCAAAGUUUUAUGGUAGGCAUUGAUAAAAUUAUUUGUGGAUUUAGAAAUGAAGUUGGCAUUGUUAAAAAAAUUGAAGAAUUUAGUGUCUCAGAUAUAUCAAGAAAAUAUCCUCAUUAUUGGAGUGCUGAGAUGAGUGUUAAUCUUCUUGACCAAUUUUUGCAAUUUGUCAAGGAUAAUGUGAAGGAUGAUUACAACGAGACAAUUUAUAUAUUUGAAAAAUUACCAUAUGAUAAUAUCAAGAUGACGAAAGUACCAGGAAAUUCAGAAGAACAUUCUUUUUUACCUUGGUGGUUUACACGAUAA